CCCAUUCCCUGGCUCCUUAUUUAGCAGCAAUUUAGUGCUUCUCUCUAUUGUUUGCUCUCUUUCUUAUUGAGCCAAGCUUCUCUUCUCCUUCUCCUUCUUCUAUCACGAUAUCAUGUCAGAGAAAAAUAGAAAGGGAGAGGUGAUGUGGCCGAGAUUGGUUGCAAACAAGCUAUUUCGAAGGCCAUUAUGGAGUACUAAUUUCGUCGCAGAUUUUCCAAGCUCGGAGAUAUGGUUAGAGGAACCAAGCUUAGACCAUGAAGCCAUCGUCUUGAGAAACUGUGAUAGUAAAUUAGAGACGCAUAGCUACAAAUUGUUUGCUAGUACAUGGAAUGUUGGUGGCAUCCCGCCAUCAGAUACUCUCAACUUGGAGGAUUGGCUCGAUACAAAGAAUAACUCCUAUGACAUCUACGUUCUUGGUUUCCAAGAAAUUGUGCCCCUGAAAGCCAAGAAUGUACUUGGACCAGAAAAGAAUAAAUCCUCUGCUAAAUGGAAUUCUCUAAUUAGGUCAACCCUUAACGAGUCGACAUACAAUUCAAAGGAGCUCAAGGCCGGAGAUAUAGAUAAACAAAAAGUGCAUCCUGUCAAGGAAUCAAAUUCAAAGGAUAAUAUCGAUCAAGCUUUUCGAUGCAUCAUGAGCAAACAAAUGGUAGGAAUAUCAAUCUCCGUUUGGGUGAGAAGCGAUCUCUUGCGUUACAUUAAACACCCAAGUGUAUCUUGUGUUGGUUGUGGCAUCAUGGGAUGCCUAGGAAAUAAGGGUUCAGUAUCAGUUAGAUUUUUCUUACAUGAAACAAGCUUCUGCUUCAUCUGUUGCCAUUUAGCUUCGGGAGAGAAAGAAGGAGAUGAGAUGAAUCGAAAUUGCAAUGCAAUGGAUAUUUUUUCUCGAACGAGUUUUCCUUGUGGUCCUUCUCUUAAUUUGCCCCAAAAAAUUCUGGAACAUGACCGAAUCAUCUUGCUCGGAGACCUAAACUAUAGAAUCUCUUUGCCAGAGGCCGAGACAAGAUUGCGAGUAGAACGAAAGGAAUGGGAAAUCUUGUUACAGAAAGAUCAAUUGCGAGGAGAGGUAUCAGCUGGUCGAGCUUUUGAGGGUUGGCAUGAAGGUGCUAUAGAAUUCACUCCCACAUACAAGUACUAUCCAAACUCGGAUGACUACUAUGGAUGUCUUCCAAGCAAAAAGGGGGAGAAGAAGCGUGCACCCGCAUGGUGUGAUCGAAUACUUUGGCAGGGCAAGGGAUUGAAACAAAUUCUCUACGACCGCUACGAGUGCAAACUAUCAGACCAUAGACCGGUACGAGCCGCCAUAUUUGAGGUUAAGGUCGAGGCUUUGAAGAUGAAGUACUCAUUGAGGAGCUUCUUCUUGUCCGAUAGAUUUGAUCACAUACCCUUGGACUUGUUAAAUGAACAAAUCUCGGGUAGUAAUGGAAGAUUAAGCGUACAAAUUUAGGGAGUUGAAUUGUGAGCUCAUCGUGUUUGGGCUUGUAGAGACAAUAUAUAUACGGACACAAGGGAACUUUUUUUUUUGGGGGGGUUAAAACUUACGUUGAUAUAUAUUUUGAUAGUGAGUAAUAUGAAUCUUAUU